AUGUCACACGAAUAUACACCAAAAGAAAUCUCUACAUGUCUCAAUCAUUCACGAGUGCUCUACAUUGGAGACUCUAUCAUGCGUGAGCAAUACUACUCCAUGGCAAAACUGUCCCGAGAUUUCAAGAUUACCGGCUCAUUGCACAUCGAUCGGCACAUGGUAUUCGAAGAACUGGGCAUGGUUUACGACUUUUGGUGGGACCCAUAUCUGAAUUCAACUCGCACGAUCGAACUUCUUGAAGGAAAGAGCAAAGAACAAAAACCUAGCUUGCUAGUCAUGGGUUCAGGAACCUGGCACAUGCGUCGCCUCAAGAAGAACUAUUUUAAGGUGUGGAAGCCCACGAUGGAACGUGUAUUCAAAGCAGUUGAAAAACAUCGCAUUGCCGAUACUGUCCUCCUCAGUCCCGUCGAGACACCAAAAUAUGACCUGCUCUGGCCACCUCGUUUCAAGACCAUCACCGCACCAAAAAUAUCACAGAUGAACGCAUAUCUUAAAAAGAGAGAAGCCGAACUUAAAACAAAAGUACCAUUCAAAAUUACGUAUGUGUGGAACGAAAUUGCGAGCACCUCAAACAACGCUACCAUAGACGGUUUGCACUUUCUCCAGCCUGUCACUAAAGCCCAGGGUCUACUUGCUCUUAAUUUCCGUUGCAACCAGGAGUUGCCAAAAACAUUCCCUAUGGACACCACUUGCUGCUACACUUAUCCCAGUCCCCAGUGGUUCCAAACUGUAUGGUUUUUGGUGCCUUUAGUCUGGGUUCCUUUUUGCUUUUUGGUGGCUAACUAUGAAAAGAGACAGGACCAGUUCUUUGUGAAGUAUCUUGUGCCCUCGAACAAUGUUCUGUAUGCUUUACUCACGAUGGGCCUGGGUGUUGGGUACAUGUAUCUCGGUGAUCGGACACAACUGUUUGGAAAAAUACACAAGGUAUUUCAGCCUGUCGUCUUUAGUGGUCUUUUGCUCCUCUUGCUUGGCGUUGGAUUGGUCACACUCCGGAAGAAAGAAAGCGGCGAUCAAGGCUUCCUCAAUCGCGCUCAGACAGACGAGUGGAAGGGCUGGAUGCAGAUUAUCAUCCUUGUGUACCAUUUCCUAGGAGCAUCGAGUGUAUCUGGCAUUUACAACCCAGUGCGAGUCUUGGUUGCCGCCUAUUUGUUCCAGACAGGCUAUGGCCACUUUUUCUUUUUUUACAAGAAAGGAGAUUAUAGCUUCGGGCGUGUUUUGAGCAUAAUGGUGCGACUCAAUCUCUUGACCUUUGUCCUUCAGUACCUCAUGAACACAAACUACCUCAGUUACUACUUCUCUCCGCUUGUGUCGUUCUGGUUCAUAAUCAUUUGGGUAACGAUGUACGUUGGAAACAAAUGGAACAAGACUCCAUCAUUCUUGCUUGCCAAGAUGUUUGGCAUGGCUAUGUUGACCACCCUGAUUAUCCACUACCCCGGCCUUCUCGAGUUUGCAUUCAAAUGUCUUGAAUACACUUUUAAUAUCCAAUGGAAUCCCGUCGAGUGGCGCUUCAGACUUGCUCUCGAUGCUUGGAUUGUGUACGUCGGUAUGUUGAUCGCAUACCUCAAUAUCAAGAUUACGGAACAAAAACUCCCCUCCAAAGCCUAUUGGUCUACCGCAAAAAAUGCUUCCAUUGUUGUUUCUUGUGUUGCCAUGAUCUGGUACUUUUGGUUUGAGCUCUCUCGGCCGAACAAAUUCGUCUACAACACCUAUCACCCCUACAUUUCCUGGAUCCCUGUGCUGGCAUUCACCAUCCUCCGUAACUGCACGCUCGGACUGCGGAACAGGAGCUCUAGAUUCUUUGAGUUUAUUGGAAAAUGUUCUCUGGAGACAUUCAUCGGUCAAUUUCACAUGUGGCUCGCUGCAGAUACCCAGGGUCUGUUGCUUAUCCUGGCAAACCCAAUGUGGGCCCAUGGUCUGGGUUGGUGGGUAAACUUGGGCUUGUCAACUGUGUUGUUUGUGUUCGUGUCGUAUCACUUGAGUCAGGCCACCGGAGAAAUAACUCAAUGGAUCUGUUCG